AUGGAUGCUGAAACAAAAACCGACAUUCUAAAAGACCCUAAAGUUGAAACCAUUCUUCACAGUGAACUUGGUUUGUCCAUACUCAAUGACCGAAUCAAAUCCCACUUAAACAUUUCCAAGGAAUUCGCAAAUUUUUUGAAGAAACGAGCUGUUCUUGAAGAACAGUCUGCAAAGGAUCUUCAAAAGAUUGCAAAGUCGUUUCUCGAAACAUUUCAAGACAACCACGCUUCAUCCAGUUCUUUUCCAGCGGUACUCGUCAAAUCCCUUCAAAUCCAUGAACAACUCGCUGCUAAUUCCUUUACACAACACAAGGCUUUCUCUACUUGCUCUGAUGAAGUCUUGGAUUUCUAUAAAGGGUGUGAUCGCAAACGAAAGUCUAUCAAGGAAUAUGCCAAACGCCAAGAAAACUCAUACCUUGAAGCCGUCGUACACAUGGACAAAUCCAAAGCCCGCUUCAAGAGUGCUGAAUCCGACUACAAUCACACUCUCGAUCAAAAAAACGCCAGUGACAACCAGAAAAAAGUUGGUUUCUUCAAACCAAAGUCCAAUGCUCAACUCUCCCGACUCGAAGAGGAGGCUCGCUCUAAAGCAGAAUCUGCAGAGUCGGACAUGAAAUCUAACAUUCAAAAUGCCCAAACAGCCCAACAAGAACUUCUUCUCAUUCAUCGUCCCAACUAUAUUAAGCAGUUCUUCAGCUUACAGAAAGAAAUUGAAGCCUCCCUUAACUGUAAUUAUCUCCGUUACACAAAACUUUGUGAAACUCACACUGUCAUGAACGGUGUCUUGAUCCGCCCUCAAAACAUCUCAACUCAAAGCUGUGGUUUCGAACAUGCUCUCCACAAUUUUGAUUCUAACGCCGACUUCCGCCAAUACGUUCUCGACUCUUCUUCUCGACGUAAAAAUGAUCAAAACCCUUCUGACGCUUCAAAAACGAAAAUCGUUCAACCACCUAGUUCCUAUGGUCCCUCUAACACAUCUUCUACACCUCCCUCCGUAAACAUUUCUACUCCAACAAAUCCUACCCACAUUUCCACGCCUUCCACAAACAACUUUAACCGCCCUAUGACUUCUCACAACCAAAUAGCUUCCAAUUCGCAAAAACCACAACCUCAAGAGACACUACCCUCACCUACCAAACCUCUAAAACCUGCACCUGCACCUGCACCUGCACCUCCAAAUCCUGCUCUUUCCUCAAGAGGCUCUCCUUCACCAACGAAGUCUGAAACCAUCCAUCCACUACCAGAAGUACAAACACCUACGGCCACCAACCCCCCCAAUAUCGAUACUAAUCCUUUACCACCAUCGACACAAACAAAAUUAAAGACUUCUGAUUCUGCAAAACCUCCUUCCCCUAACUUUUUUCCUGCCCAAGACAUUGUUGAGUCUAAUAAUAAGCCCCAGUCACCGGUUUCUGACUCAACCAUUCUCUUUGGUGCUCAUUUGGAAGCCAUUCUCUUACGUGAACAUUCCAACGUUCCAAACGUCGUUGUUCAAUGUACCACCCAAAUAGAAACUUUUGGCCUCAACAUUCAAGGAAUCUACCGCAUUCCCAGUUCUGCCGCCAAGGUGCUCGCUCUUCGUCAGCAAUUCACAAAAGAACCUCUUACGAUCCUCAAUUCGGCAAAGGAUUAUGGAAACGACGUUCAUUCCCUUGCUGAUCUCUUGAAAUCCUUCUUCCGCGAAUUGUCCGAACCUCUUAUUCCAAAUCAACACUACAACGAUUUUAUUGACGCUGGUAAGGUUGAGGACGAAGCGCGUCGGAGAGAUGCUGUACAUCGCGCCAUUAAUGAUUUGCCCGACGCUAACUAUUCUACUAUUCGUCAUCUCACAAUUCAUUUGACUAAAAUCAAGGACAACAGCGAUGUCAACAAAAUGUCCACUAAUAAUCUUGCUAUCAUUUGGGGCCCUACUUUGUUAAAACAAGCUACGAUCCCAGAAAUUAGUAGUUUCUCACGCACUAUUGAAAUCCUCAUAGAUUAUUGCUUUACUAUUUUUGACUAUGACUAG